AUGGAGAACGGGCACAGCUUGCCGGCGGCCGAGGUGCUGCAGCGCUUCGGGGUGCGGGAGAGCUGCGGGCUGAGCCCCGAGCAGGUCCGCCGGAGCCGGGAGAAGUACGGGCCCAAUGAGCUCCCUGCUGAAGAAGGGAAGUCCCUCUGGGAGCUUGUUCUGGAACAGUUUGAAGAUCUCCUUGUGCGCAUUCUUCUCUUGGCCGCCUUUGUAUCAUUUAUCCUGGCCUGGUUUGAAGAAGGUGAAGAGACCACGACUGCAUUUGUAGAGCCAGUUGUCAUCAUGAUGAUUCUCCUGGCCAAUGCCGUGGUGGGGGUGUGGCAGGAGAGAAAUGCGGAGAGCGCUAUCGAAGCCUUAAAGGAAUAUGAGCCAGAAAUGGGAAAGGUGAUCCGUGCCGACAGGAGUGGAGUCCAGAGGAUCCGGGCUCGGGAUAUUGUUCCUGGGGAUAUUGUGGAAGUGGCAGUUGGUGACAAGGUGCCAGCCGAUAUCCGGAUAAUCGAGAUCAGAUCCACGACGUUGCGGGUUGAUCAGUCGAUUCUCACAGGUGAAUCUGUGUCUGUGAUUAAACACACUGACCCAAUCCCUGACCCCCGGGCUGUCAAUCAGGACAAGAAAAACAUGCUUUUCUCUGGUACCAAUAUUGCAGCUGGUAAGGCUGUUGGGGUCGUCAUUGCUACCGGGGUAUACACGGAAAUUGGGAAGAUCAGGAACCAGAUGGUUGCAACUGAGCCGGAGAGGACCCCCUUGCAACAAAAGCUGGAUGAGUUCAGCCAGCAACUCUCCAAGGUCAUUUCUCUGGUCUGCGUAGCUGUCUGGGUCAUCAACAUCAGCCACUUCAGCGACCCAGUCCAUGGCGGCUCUUGGUUCCGUGGUGCUAUCUACUAUUUCAAGAUUGCUGUGGCCUUGGCUGGGGCUGCCAUUCCUGAGGGUCUCCCGGCUGUCAUCACCACUUGCCUGGCACUUGGCACACGCCGGAUGGCCAAGAAGAAUGCUAUUGUGAGGAGCCUCCCUUCAGUGGAAACACUGGGCUGCACCUCAGUCAUCUGCUCUGACAAGACUGGCACCCUUACGACCAACCAGAUGUCUGUCUGCAGGAUGUUUGUUAUUGAGAAGAUUGAAGGGAUCCACUGCAGCCUACAUGAGUUCAGUAUCACAGGAUCCACCUAUACCCCUGAGGGGCAGAUCCUGAAGAACGACAAGCCAGUUGAAUGUGGACGGUACGACGGCCUGGUAGAACUGGCUACUAUCUGUGCCCUCUGCAAUGACUCCUCUCUGGAUUAUAACGAGUCCAAAAAAGCAUAUGAGAAGGUGGGAGAAGCAACCGAAACAGCCCUGACCUGCCUGGUAGAAAAGAUGAAUGUCUUCAACACCGAUACAAGCAAUCUCUCGAAGGUGGAGAGAGCCAAUGCCUGCAACUCUGUGAUCAAGCAGCUGAUGAAGAAAGAGUGCACCCUGGAGUUCUCCCGCGACCGCAAGUCCAUGUCCGUCUAUUGCACUCCCAAGAUGUUUGUCAAGGGCGCCCCUGAAAGUGUGAUCGAACGCUGCAACUACGUGCGCAUCGGCACCACCCGGGUCCCCCUCACGCUCUCCACUAAGGAGAAGAUCCUGUCCAAGAUUCGGGAAUGGGGGACUGGCAUCGACACCCUGCGCUGCCUCGCUCUGGCCACCCGGGACAACCCCUCCAAGAAAGAGGAGAUGCAGCUGGAUGACUCAACCAAGUUCAUUAACUAUGAGACUAACCUCACCUUCGUGGGCUGUGUGGGGAUGCUGGACCCUCCCCGGAAGGAAGUGGUGUCAUCCAUUGAGAUGUGCAAGAAAGCCGGCAUCCGGGUCAUCAUGAUCACCGGAGACAACAAAGGCACAGCAGUGGCCAUCUGCCGGAGGAUUGGGAUCUUCUCGGAGAAGGAGGAUGUGACAGACAAGGCCUACACCGGCAGGGAGUUUGAUGAUCUCCCCCCAGAGACUCAGCGGGAUGCCUGCCGCUCGGCCCGUUGCUUCGCCCGCGUCGAACCUGCUCACAAGUCCAAGAUAAUCGAAUAUCUCCAGUCUUUCCAUGAGAUUACAGCUAUGACAGGGGAUGGAGUGAAUGAUGCCCCAGCCCUGAAAAAGGCGGAGAUUGGCAUUGCCAUGGGCUCUGGCACAGCCGUGGCAAAAUCAGCUGCUGAGAUGGUGCUGUCUGACGACAACUUCUCCACCAUCGUCUCUGCCGUGGAGGAGGGCAGAGCCAUCUACAAUAACAUGAAGCAGUUCAUCCGCUACCUCAUCUCGUCUAAUGUUGGAGAGGUCGUCUGUAUUUUCUUAACGGCAAUCCUGGGCUUGCCUGAAGCGCUAAUCCCAGUCCAGCUGCUGUGGGUGAACCUCGUGACAGACGGGCUACCCGCCACCGCUCUUGGAUUCAACCCCCCUGACCUAGACAUCAUGGACAAGCUUCCCCGCAACGCAAGAGAACCCCUCAUCAGCGGCUGGCUUUUCUUCCGCUACCUUGCUAUUGGAGUGUACGUUGGCUUGGCAACAGUGGGAGCAGCUACCUGGUGGUUCUUGUAUGAUGCUGAAGGGCCGCAAGUUACUUUCUACCAGUUGAGGAACUUCAUGAAAUGCACAGAGGACAACCCCAUCUUUGAAGGCAUUGACUGCGAAAUCUUUGAGUCCCGUUACCCAACCACGAUGGCUCUUUCGGUGCUGGUGACAAUUGAGAUGUGCAAUGCUCUCAACAGUGUGUCGGAAAACCAGUCUCUGCUGAGGAUGCCGCCGUGGCUCAACCUCUGGCUGCUGGGGGCCAUUGUCAUGUCCAUGACCCUGCACUUUGUGAUUCUCUAUGUGAAGCCCAUGCCUCUGAUCUUCCAGGUGACCCCCCUGAGCGGGCCGCAGUGGGUGGUUGUAAUGAAAAUUUCCCUGCCUGUUAUCCUACUCGAUGAAGGACUCAAGUACCUUUCCCGGAACCACCUAGAGGGAAUUCUCAGGACAGUCAGACACACGUGGAGCGGGGAACACCAGCUGAAAACCUGCAGGAGUCCAGAUCAAACAGGGAGAAGAGGACAAGAAAUGAAUAACAUUCAGGAAACUCACUUUCUAAAUAGAGAAACCCUGAGCUGUAACUCGGACUGAUGUCUUGCAUGUUAGACCAUCACUAGAAGCCAGCAGGACAUGCAUGUGUCCGACUAUCAGACUAAUGCGGGUGAAUCGUCAAAGAAAAAUAUUGAUUUUUGGUUUUGUUUCGUAGCUUUUUUUUUUUCCUGUACAUAAUGGUGCAGUUACUGGACAGCUAAAUUAUAGUUUGGGGAUGGAAUUAUAUGUAACUGAGUCAUUGUAACACAGCUCUUUGGGGGUCCGCUCCUGAAAAGUUUGAGACCCUUUUAAAAAAAACCAGCCUGUGUUUGAGCUCAGUCAGGCAUUUUUUGUUUUGUACAAAUGUGGGAGGUGGGAGGUGGCGCUUUCACAGUGGUGCACAGUAUCUGUGCAGGAGCAGCGACAACAGAGGUGCUUCCCAGAGCUGGAUAAGAUGGUGUGAUGUAGCACAACAGACGGCAUCUCAGUACCAAGGAAAAGCUUAUCUGUGUCUGUGGGUAGAGGAGGUAAGCAAAGAAAGGUGCAUGGGAUGCAACAGGUUUAUUCCAAUUGACUUCCAAUUUAGUAGAGAGAUAUCCACCUAAGCAUAAUCCCUGCGUGGCAAUGUUAGUGCUCUGGUAGCUGCAUUGCCUAGAUGUCUAGCUUCGGUGGUUUCAGUGUAUCUAUAUCCUGGUCGAAUUACCAGUGUAGUAGAUCUUGUGGACAUGUAUUUACUUGCAAAGAUUUUUGUGGCAGAAGUUGAAACUUCCUCUAUUUAUCAUAUUUUUCUCUGUUCUACUGCCUCUUGUGAAAAUCUUCCACUGUCUCAGGCUCAUCUGACACCAAAGCAUGGCCCGGUCCUUUUCGCCUUUCUCUCCUGUGUAACACCUUGUUAUCACCCUUCCUGGGCUAAGGAGCUUAAAACAAAACAUGGAACUGGAAAACCCUGUAUCCCACUGCAUCUAGUCACCCAUCCCUGGUUAAACUUUCUGACUCUCCAGAUGAUCCAGUUCAGGAAUUCUCAAACUGGGGGGUGUGAGGCUCAGAUCAGGGGUGGGUGAUAAUUUUUGAUGGGGGGCUACUCCAAGAUUAUGGUAAGUGGUCAGGGGCUGCACUUUUCUAUGGAGGGGUUGCGAGGUCUGAGAUGGAGAUUAGGUGCAGAAGGGAGCUUGGAGUAGGGGACGGGGUGCAGGAGAGAUUGUGGGGUCUGAGAUGGAGUUUGGUGAAGGGGGCGCUGUGACCUGGGGCAGGGGAAUGGGGUGAAAGGUUGGGAAAGGAGAAUAGGUGUAGGAGAGGGGGAGGGUGUAGGGUUUGGAAGGGAGUUGUGACCUGGAGGAGGGGAACACAGGUGUAGAGGGUUUGGGAUGAUGACCCUGGGCAGGGUGGUUACCUGGAGCAGGAAGUUAGGGGGAGGGAGGGGCUGGGGUGCCAGAGGCAGGCUCUGACCCAGAAGGCUCCUUCCCUGCCAUAGCUGCAGGCUACUCAAAAUGGCUGACUGCUCUCUGGGGCUAUCCGCUCUGGGUGCUGGAGGGAGGGGGAAGCUUUGUGUGCUGUCUCCACCCCCCCAGCAAAAUCUCUCAGCUCGCAUUUGCUGUUUUCCAAGCUCCCAUUAGCCAGUUUCCGAGCUGAGAGAUUUUGCUGGGGGGGGGGGCAGGGCAGCACGGAAAGCCUCCCCCAUCACCUAGCACCUGGAGCAGAGAGCCACAGGGAGCAGCCAGAUGCCUGGAGUGUCUGGCUGCUCCCUGUCUGAGGCUCCCGGCUGGGAAACGUGCAGGCUGGAUCCUGUCCAUGGGCCAUAUUUUGCCCAUUCCUCUUCUUAAACCGGGAGGUCACAAGCUGUCGGUCUCCACCAAACUCCACUUUGUCUCCAGUAUUUAUAAUAGUGCUAAAUAUCAUAGAAAGUGUUUUUCUGUGCGAAAAGGGUCACCCAUACAAAUGUUUGAGAACCACUGAUAGUUUUAAAAAUAUGAUCACGUAGAGGGCAGAAUAAAUGACUUUCGUUAGUGUCCAUUUUGGGAAACAAUCUAUGCUCCCAUAUGAUGUUGGAAAAGGCAGCGGUGAUCACAUGGGAAUAGAGGUGGUCUCUCAAAAUUGACUUUUAUUCUACCAUCCAUAUAAUCUUAUUUUUGAAACUCAUAGAACAUUUGACCAGGAAUGGGCAGUAGAUGUGGUAGAAUAAAGGGGAAAAGAUGCCUACACCUUUCUUUCCUUCUCAACUUCACCCCGGUGUAACCUGGAGCCCCAGAAUCAGAUCCUGCUUUGCUUUUCUCUUAUGUUGCUCCAUUCCUAUAUGGACUGGUUCACUUUAUUUUUUAAGUCUCUUAAAACCCUCAGUACUUUGUCUCUUUUUCUGGCUAGCUGGCUGAACUUCGACAAGCUGGCUGCUGUAGGUAGAGUAUGUGCCAAAACCCACGCUUUCUUUUCUCUCCAUCACCAGCAUGAAAAUAGAUGGGUCGUGCCCCAAGACCAAUGGGAAUGUACAGACUUGUUCUACUACUGAGCUGAUUUAAUUGUACAGGAAACCUUGCAUGAAAUGUUGUUAUUGUAUUUAAUAUAGAAUGUACUCAAAGGAUUUUAAUAUGGAGCUUUUAAAAAAAAAUCUUUAUAGAAACUGUGUGAUUACAGGAAAAUCGUUCACUGAAAAAUCACUAUUUGCUUUCUUUGAGAAUUUUUCUUUUUCCAACAUGUUUUGUAUGUUUCAGUGUAUUGAGCGGAUUUAAUUGGUGAUUAUACCGGCUAAUUCCUUUUUACAGACCAUUUCCAAUAAGGGGAACUUACCCAUGAGCAGAAGGCCAGUAGAUGACUCAUAGACCUCUUAUGCUCUUCAGUUAAGCCUUCCUGUAUCCAGAGCAACUCCAUUGACUUUAGGAGAAUUGUUUUUGCUUAUUCCAGGGUUGAGAUUGAUCCUCAACAUUCUGCCCACCCUCUUGGGCAUGGGGUGGGGGUGUCCAUGGAGCAUAGUCCAACCAAAAGCUGCAGACUACCUGGUCUGUAAUUUGCCCCUGCUGGUAAUGUGUUCGGAUCCAUCAGAGAUCCAUAUUGGAUUAUGGAAAGUCUUGGCCAUGGGGAGAUCUGCAGCUCCUAUGUAUUUGUGUUGCUCUAUCGGAACUAUAUUGAUUUACACCAGCUGAGGAUGUGACGUGGUUUUUUGGGGGGAGUUUUUUGGUACCCAAAUGUGUGUGUUCUCUAAAGCUUUUGAUAUUUUUUUAUUUUAAACUCUUAACAAAGAUGGUUGAAAAUAUUGCCAAAACGUGUGGGGCAGGGGAAAGAUCUGAUGUCAGUAACUUUUUAAGUCUUCUAUUAAAUUCCUUUGGUCGUUUUGGUUUGCCGCCUCUGAUGCCAGCAAGGUGGGGAUAGUUAUAUUAAAAGUCAUUGUGAUUGCACAUUGCAAGGAAGAGGCAGGAGCAAUAUGAGUUGAAAUUGGAGUGGUUCUAAUUUACGCUCCACAGAACUAAAAUGCACUAGGAUGGUUCACCGUGCCUGUCAAUGUGGGAUUGAAGCCAUGAACUUACAGGAAAAUCAGCAAAUAGAGUGCAAUAGCUCAUAGCUGUUCUACGCCAAAGCCUUCCUCUUCCUAGUAGCAGCGGGUUUUGUCUUAAAAUUCUGUUUGCCUUUUUCACUGUAAGCUUCUGGGCCAGAUCAGUGGAAUGUUCACCAAGGACAUCUCCAAUGGUCAUUCACUCCGUUAAGAAUGACCUAUUUUGAAGUAGCCCUAUUUUCGAGUAUGAUCCCCAAUUGAAAAACCACGUUUUGUUGUUGUCAUUUGACUGACUGCUUAAGACUGGUUUCCCAAUAGACAUUUUGGGGUUGCCGAGGGUUGUAGUUCAAAUAUUUUAAUGAAGUAGAGAAGUAUCCUUAGAUCAAAUUUAUUUUUCCUUUAUGCUUUGGUGAAGGGCCAGGAUAAAUCGCAUAGAAGUUGUUUAUUAUUUAUAUGUCACUAGCAGUGUGCUGGCUGCUUUAACAUGAUGCUGUAGACUUUUGCAAACCUGAAAGUGAUUAAAGACCUAAUCCCAUUGAUUUCAACAUGUUUUGGAUUAGGUCUGAACUGCUUCUUACUCAAACAAUUGAUUGUGUGCAAUAGACUGGACAUGUGCACUGGAGUGGCUUUUUUUCCUGAUAGCUUUCCCCCCCGGCCUCCUUUUGCUACAUGCAAUCUAGUCUCACUUCUGAUGGCCACCACAAUGUAGGAAUCGCACCCUUUGCCUUUUGGUGUAUUCAUAUUCUUUAUAAUAAACUAGACUCUUUCCAACAACACCAAUAGCCAGCCUGGGCCAUUUCAGUAGGUCCUCCUAAACAAAAGGAGCAAAUCAUUCAUAACCGCCUGUGCACCAGAAAAAUAGCCUGUGAUUGUCCAUGAGCACUUUACAUUAAUUUCUCAGGGGGCCAUUCACCAUGUUAGAUCAGACCUGUAAAAUAAAGGUGGGAGUCAAAGGGGUUCUCCUCCAUUAGGAGAAUACCAGGUAUGAGCACCAGGCAUUGGCUAUGAAAUUGACAUUAUGCUGUCUGAGGACCUCCCUUCCUUGUGGAUAAUGACUGGAUAAAGACUCUCUCCUACAAACAACUCUCCCAUGGAACAUCUGGGAAGAAUGUUUUAUGGAUGUGAAAGACUGCUGUUGCUAGGCAGGGGAUUACUAGUAUCACAGCCGAAAUUUAUUUUUCUUCCUUCAUUCCUCUAUUGGCCAAAGUUCGUUCUUCUGAUUCCACGCGUUGUUGGCCUGGCCUGGUGCCUCUCAUAAGGAUCUGACCGGGCCAUGCCAACAUUCUCUUAUUUACAUGUUUCUAACACGUGGCCAAUCCAAGACCUGGGUGGUACCAAUAGCGAGAAACUGGAGGUUUGGCUUUUCAGGGUCCCUUAAUUCAUGCAACAAAAGAGAGGCUGGGGGAAAGGGUUGCUAAAUGGAGCUGUUUGGAAGCCCCAUCCUAUGUAGAUGCACAGUGCAGUGGAUGGGUGGGCUGGGAAAACCCAGAGCAACAUGACACUUACGCUGCUUAGAGCUUAAAGCCCUAGUCCUGCCACCAUUUGUAUUUUGGAACAGCCACCGUCUUACAUAAAAUAACUGCCUGAAAUUCCUGACUGAAAAAUCAAUGGGUGCAAGAGUUUAGUGUUGCAGAAAACUCACAUUGUCCUGCCCCGCUAUUAAUUCUUCACAUUUUGCAACACUGUAGGCGCAGAGCAGGUAAAAGCCACCAAACAAAAGUCCAGUGGGAAAGAUUUUUUAAGGCAGUGGUCUGCAACCUUUUUAAGUGUGAGGUCACUUUUUAAAUUUAAAUGCAAUCCAGGAUCUGCUUCAAACCCAAACAACCUUGCUCUGCCUCCUUCCCGCCCUUUCUCCGAGACCCCAUCCCUGCUCACUCCCUCCCCCCUCACUGAUUUCUAUCAGGCUGGGGGCAGAGGUUUCGGGUGCGGGGGAAGGGGAUGCAGACACUGAUCUUGGGCUAAAAGAUUUGGAGUGCGGGAGGGGUUCUGAGCUGAGCCUGGGGCAGGGAGUUGAGGUGCAGGAGAUUCAGGGUGCUGGCUUUGGGAGGGAGAUUGGGUGCAGGGGGACUCAGGGCUAGGGCAGUGUUUUGGAGUACAGGAGGGAUUCAGGGUUGGGGCCGGGGUUCGGAAUGGUGUCUCCAGCUGGGCACCGUUUACCACAGGUGGCUUCUGGGUGGUGAUGCAGGGGACUAAGGCAGGCUCACUCUUACCCUGGCCCUGCACCACUCCCAAAAGCAGCCAGCAAACUCUCUCCAUCCCUGCCCGCGUCUGCUCUGUGGAGAUGGGAUACAGCGUGGGGGAGGGGCACCCUGACAUUAGCACCCCCUCCUUUUCUUCCCGUGCCCUGCACACCAAGCAGGGGACACCUCCAACGUAGAGAGCAGGAGCAGCAAUGCUGAGAGGGGCAGAUGAGGUGUCGGCACUGAAUAGCCUCCCGGCCAGUCCUGCCAAGAACACCUGUCAAAGGUUCCAAGAUCUACCAGUAGAUCCCAAUCUACUGGUUGGUGACCACUGUUACCUCCCAACUGUGUGGUCUUGGUUGCUGGCCAUGGUCCUGAUUAAAGAAAAGAUGCCAAGCAAGGAGCAUUGAUUGAACAGCCUUACAAUGCAUACAAAGGGCCUGCAGCAUUGGACCCUCCAGAAAGUAUUCAGUAAUUUACCUUUGGGAAGCUCAGACUUUCACUGCCACUUUCUUCCACCAGCUUUUGAUUAUCCUACCAACCCUCCAGUGCUACCUUGAAUUGCAAGUCAGCUUGUCCAUUCAUCUUAGCAAGAGAAGAGCAGUGGUCUGCUAACCAUUUCAAUGAAGGGUGGUUUUAUGCUGCCAAAAUCCAGGCCUCUAGACCCCAUGAGGUUUCUAACAAUGGUUCGUGCUGGGUACGGAUUGGGAUGAGCAUGGGUUAGGGUACGCAGGUAGAAAAUGAGCGAGAAGACAGAUUUAGGGGAGAUACAAGUGUCUCUUGCAUCCUCUCCUUUUGGUGCCAUUCAGCUUUUGGUAAUGUAAAAACUGGGCAACUACAUCAGUCUAGAAUCAAUCUCUGUGCUCUGUAUAUACAAGAGCCUAGAAAGAUACGUGUGCCCUACCUUAGGGGUGUCUUAUAAUGGACUCUUGCCCAUGCUAUGUGGACUCUGUGCUGUGUUUUUGUCAGUGUCCUCAGGACCACGAAGAGAGAAAAACACUGACUUGUUUACAGGUGUCAUUAGUGUCAUGGCUUGAAUCUCUGAACAUAGCAAUUUUGCUAUGAUGCCUGAACAGCCGAAUCUAGAAACCUUGUUGAGUUUGCACUUAGUAGUGAAAGGUAAAUUGUUACAUCUUUUUAAAAAAGCGUUCUUUGGGGGUAGAAUUGAAACAAACAAGGUUUCCUAUUUUAUUAUGAGAGCUAUUUUUCCACUAAAUUACUGAUUCCUAAGUGGUGUAUUUUGUCUGAUGUAAAUAGCCAGAUGUAUCGUGAAGACUUAAGAAGGGUCAUUGUAGUCACAUUUGUAUGAUCCACUCUGUUCGCACAAUAUUGAGCUGAUUUGUUUUAUACUUAUGAAAUUACAGAAAUAAAAGCAAUUUUACUGGA